AUGAAACCCAAUGUGGGGCAACAAGUUCCUUGUAUGUUUAAUAACAAUGAUCUUUUGACAUUGGCCAAAUGCAACUAUUUACCUUACGGAGUUGAUUAUCCACAAGGGCCGACCGGCCGGUUCUGUAAUGGCAAAAAUAUCCCCGAUUUUCUAGUGGAGUUUUUGGGUUUCGAGAAGGCUAUUCCGCCAUUUGCAACCGCAAAUGGAAGCGAGAUUCUCAAAGGCGUCAACUAUGCAUCGGGCGGAGGCGGAAUUCUUGACUACACCGGAAUAUUGCAGGGUGAUCGGAUAGGUAUGAAGAGACAAUUACAUAAUCAUGGAGUGACAAUUUCGAAAACCAACCGUUUGUUGGGAAAUGAAACAAAAGGUAGAGAGCAUUUGAAGAAAUGCUUGUAUGUGGUGAACAUGGGCUCCAACGAGUAUGUCAACAACUACUUGUUAUCACCACUUUACCUAACUAGCCUUUUCCAAACUCCACAACAAUUUGCAGAAACAGUCAUCAAUCACUACUCUCAACAACUUAAGAGCUUGUACAACUAUGGAGCAAGGAAAAUAGCUGUUUAUGGGUUGGCUCCACUUGGUUGUAUACCAAAAAAUUUGUAUAAAAUUGUAAGCAACGGAUCAAUUUGCAACAACACCAUUAAUGAAAUCGUGCAGCCCUUCAACAACCGGUUGAAGCCACUCAUCGACUCCUUGAAUGCCGAUCUCCACGGCUCGCAUUUUACCAUGAUCAAUUUUACUAGUCUUAUUACACAAGGCCACAAUUCAGCACUACUAGGCAUUAAAUUUACAAAUGCUUCUUGCUGCACGGUAUCAAAAAUAAGUAACGCUAGAGAAGAAAUAUGCAGCAAUAGAAAUGACUAUUUUUUUUGGGAUAAUUAUCAUCUCACCGAAAUCGGAAAUCGAGCUGCAGCUGCGAGAUCCUACCGUGCGGAGCUGCCCUCCGAUGCUUACCCUUUCGACAUUCGUAGCCUCGUUCAUCAAUAA